AUGACAGUCGAUACUAUUAAUAAGAUAAGAAUUGCCAUUGACAGAGGUGGUACUUUUACAGAUUGUAUUGGGAAUCCAGGUACUGGAAAACUUGAAGAUGAUGUUGUGAUCAAACUGCUUUCUGUGGACCCGAAAAACUAUCCUGAUGCACCAUUAGAAGGAAUUCGUAGGUUGCUUGAGGUCAUACGAUGUGAAAAAAUUCCACGAGGUACUCCUUUGGAUAUUUCUGAUGUAAGUAGCAUUAGGAUGGGGACUACUCUGGCUACGAAUUGUGCUUUGGAAAGAAAUGGUGAGAGAUGUGCUUUCAUAACCACGAAGGGCUUCAAAGAUAUUCUAAUGAUCGGAGAUCAAUCUAGACCUGACAUUUUCGACCUGAAUAUUAAAAAGACUGAACCUCUCUACGAUAUGGUGGUUGAAAUUGACGAAAGAGUUACUCUCGAAGACUUCUCUGAAGAUCCCUUGUGUCAUAAAUCCGAAGCAAGAGAGAAUGAUAACACUGUUGUUGGUAAUAGUGGAGAAGUGGUUCGUGUUCUGAAAGUCCCUAGCAUCGAAGAGAUCCGUUCAAGUUUACAAUUGAUAUACCAGAGUGGUAUCAGAUCCAUUGCCGUUGCCUUUCUGCAUUCAUAUACCUAUCCCCUACAUGAACAGCUCGUGGGUCGUAUUGCCAAGGCAAUUGGCUUUACGCAUGUUUCCUUAUCGUCGGAGGUCUCUCCGAUGAUUAAACACUUGCCAAGGGCUCAUAGUGCAGUGGCAGAUGCCUAUCUCACACCAGUUAUCAAAAAAUAUUUGGACGGUAUCGAAUCUGGUUUGACAAAUUCAUCCAAGACCAGCCUACAGUUCAUGCAAUCAGAUGGUGGACUAGUCGAAGGUCACAAGUUUUCAGGCCUUAAAUCUAUCUUAUCCGGUCCUGCAGGUGGGAUCGUAGGUUAUUCGAGUACCUGUUAUGAUUCAGAAAACAAGAUCCCUUUAAUUGGAUUCGAUAUGGGUGGUACUUCCACUGACGUUAGUCGUUACGGUGAUGGACAGCUAGAACAUGUUUUUGAGACUACCACUGCUGGUAUUGUGAUUCAAUCUCCACAGCUCAACAUUAGUACAGUUGCCUCAGGAGGUAGUUCACGACUUUUUUGGGAAAAUGGGCUCUUCAGAGUGGGACCAGAAUCUGCAACUGCUGAUCCAGGACCUGCUGCUUAUCGGAAAGGCGGUCCACUGACAAUCACGGACGCAAAUUUGUUCUUGGGUCGGUUGGUGCCUGAGUUUUUUCCUAAGAUCUUUGGUCCCAAUGAGGAUGAGUCACUAGAUCUGAAAACCACCACCAAGAAACUCACUGAACUAACUGAAACCAUCAACAAAGAUCUAGGAACUUCUAUGACACCAGAUGAGGUGGCAUAUGGAUUUGUGAAGGUGGCAAACGAGGCAAUGGCAAGACCGAUAAGGGCCAUUACAGAGGCAAAAGGUCAUGUUGUUUCUGACCACAGAUUAGUCACUUUUGGAGGUGCUGGUGGACAGCAUGCUGUGGCAGUGGCUGAGUCCUUAGGUAUAAGUGUUGUGCUGGCACAUAGAUAUUCCUCCAUCCUUUCUGCAUACGGUAUCUUCCUGGCAGACGUGGUUGAAGAAUCUCAGGAACCAUGUUUCUUCAUGUUGGAUGGUUCUAAGAGAAUGACUAAACUUCAGAAUAGAUUGGACCAUUUGAUUGAAAAAUCUAAAGAAUCCUUGUCCAUUCAAGGAUUUCCAGAGUCCCAAAUGGUGUUUGAAAAGUAUUUGAACUUAAGAUAUGAGGGUACUGAGACAAGCUUGAUGAUCAUGCAGCAUGAAGGAGAGUAUGAUUUUGCAAAGUGGUUCUCCGAGGCACAUCACCGAGAGUUUGGGUUUUCAUUCCCCGAGAAAGCUAUUAUUGUCGAUGACAUUCGUAUUCGUGCAAUUGGGAAAUCCCAUGUUAGAGACGAAGAGUCUGUUGAUGUUCAGUUGAAAAAAUAUGAGCGCGUUCAGGUAUCUGCUGCAGACGAUGCAAGUCUUUUCAAGGAAGUCUACUUUAAUGACAGACGGGUGAAUACGCCUGUCUUCAGAAUAGAUAAUAUGCGCUAUGGUAGCGUUAUCAAUGGUCCAGCUAUCUUAGCUGAUGGUACUCAAACUAACAUCAUCCCAGAAAAUGCAGAGGCCACCGUCCUGAAGUCGCACAUCUUCAUCAAUCUUUUGUCAAGAGGAGAAAAAUUAACGCAUGGUGUAAGCGAUCGUAUUGAUCCUGUAAUGCUGUCCAUAUUCAGUCACCGUUUUAUGGACAUUGCCGAACAAAUGGGAACUCAAUUAACGAAAACGUCAGUCUCCACAAAUGUUAAAGAACGUUUGGACUUUUCCUGUGCUUUGUUCGACCCUUCAGGUAAUUUGGUUGCUAAUGCGCCUCAUUUGCCUGUCCAUUUAGGUUCUAUGUCGACGUGCAUCGCUGCGCAGGCGAAAUUAUGGGAAGAUAAGCUGAAGCCUGGCGAUGUAAUUGUCACAAAUCAUCCAGAAAUUGGGGGAACUCAUUUACCAGAUAUCACCAUUAUAUCACCAGCUUUCUCCGAAGUUGAUGGAAAACUGAUCUUCUUCGUUGCUUCGAGAGCUCAUCAUGCUGAUAUUGGAGGUAUCUCACCUGGUUCGAUGCCUCCCAACUCGAAAGAAUUGUACGAAGAAGGCGCGGCCAUAUAUUCGGAGUUGAUCGUCAAAGAAGGGAAAUUCCAAGAAGAACUGAUCAGAUAUCUCCUCUUGGAAAAACCAGCCACAUAUCCUAACUGUUCAGGCUCAAGAAGGAUAAGCGAUAAUAUCAGUGAUUUGAAAGCACAGAUUGCGGCUAAUAAUAAAGGAAUUAAUUUAAUUGCCAAACUAAUGAAUGCAAAUGGUCGUGACACUGUAGUGAAAUAUAUGGAGGCUAUUCAACUCAAUGUUUCUGAGACUAUCAAGAAAAUGCUGAAGCAAAUGACGUUCCACUUCAAUGCUACCAAAUUCAGUAGCGAAGAUUUGAUGGAUGAUGGGACCGUUAUCAAAUUAAACGUCUCACUUGAUGUCGAGAAGGAAGAGUAUAUUUUUGACUUCGAAGGGACUUCUCCACAAGUUUACGGUAACCUCAAUGCACCUGAAGCUAUCACAAAUUCUGCCAUCUUGUACUGUUUGAGGUGCUUAGUUAAUGAAGAUAUUCCGCUGAAUCAAGGCUGCUUGAAGCCAAUUACUGUUAAAAUACCAAAGGGCUCCAUUUUGAGCCCUAUUGAUGGUAUCGCUGUCGUGGGUGGUAAUGUCAUGACCUCGCAAAGGGUCACUGACGUUGUCUUGAAAGCCUUUAACGUUAUGGCAGAUUCUCAAGGCGAUUGUAACAAUUUCACGUUUGGGACUGGUGGAACUGAUCCCAAGACCGGAGCGGUGGCACAAGGUUUUGGUUAUUACGAAACCAUCUGCGGUGGACAUGGUGCUGGAGCAGAUUCUUGGAGGGGACCUGGUUGGAAUGGGACAAACGCUGUCCACACAAACAUGACCAACACCAGGAUGACAGAUACCGAGGUGUUCGAAAGAAGAUAUCCCGUGAUUUUAAGACAGUUUGCAGUAAGAACAGGUUCUGGUGGUAAGGGAAAAUACAAGGGUGGAGAUGGUGCUGUAAGAGAAAUCGAAUUCCGUCAGCCUGUACAAGCAUCAAUACUCUCGGAACGUAGAGUGAUCGCUCCACAUGGAAUCAAUGGAGGUGAGAACGGAAGCCGAGGCCUCAAUAUCUGGAUUCGGGGAGCUAGCCAAAAUGUGAUUAAUCUAGGAGGUAAGAAUUCGGUCCAUGUGAAGGCAGGUGACCGCAUUAUAAUUGAGACACCAGGAGGUGGUGGAUGCGGUAGGUCAGAAUAA